AGAUUUGUAUAGAUAGGGAGACCAUGAGGAGGUGGAAGAAGAAGCUGGGCCGGACGCUCACCCGCUUCCUCUCCAAACCCCCCUUCAACCUCGCGCCGCCCAAGCCCACCGCCCCCUUGCCCCCGCCGCCGAUCGAGCGUCCGGAGGCGCUGCCCGGCAUGCCGCACGGACAUCCGCCGCCGGCGUUCCCGGGGGGACGGGACGCGUUCCCGCGGGCGGCGUCCACGGUGGUCCCGGACCCGGCCAGGUUCUUUGCGCCGACGCUGCUCUCGUCGCCGCUCCCCACCAACUCCUUCUUCCAGAACUUCGUGCUCAAGAAUGGCGACCAGCCGGAGUACAUCCACCCGUACUCCGUCCGCUCCGCCGCCGCCGCGCUCACCCUGUGCUACCCGUCGCGGAACCACUCCCCGUCGUUCGACAUCCAGACGUUCGUCGAGGACCUGACCGUCUCCGCGCCGGCCGACGCGGCGGCGGGGCAGAGGCACCGGGUCGCGGCGUUCGACGACCUAUCCGUCACCCUCGACGUCUCCCCGUCGCUCCGGGCGUUCCUCGUCAGGGGCUGCCCCUUCGUCACCGUCGCCACCGCUGACGCCGCCGGCCCCGUCGACAUCUCCGUCGCGUCGGUCCACGCCUUCAUCGAGGUGGCCUCCUGCGACGACACGCUCACCAAGUGGCGCCUCCGGAUGAACAGCGGCCAGACCUUCUUCCUCUACGCGUCCGCGCCGAUCCGCCUCGCGCAGUCCAGCGUCACGCAGCUGGCGGCACCGGGCUUCUCCGGCGUCAUCCGGGUCGCCUACCUGCCCGACCCAUCCAUGGAGGCGGUUCUUGACCGGUACAGCCGGUGCUUCCCCACCGCCGGCGAGGCCUCGCUGAACCGGCCGUUCUGCGUCGAGUACACCUGGCGCAAGCAGGGGUGGGGGGACCUGCUCAUGCUCGCCCAUCCCCUCCACCUCCGGCUGCUCUCCGAGGACUGCUCCGUCCGCGUGCUCGACGACUUCAGGUACCGGAGCAUCGACGGCGACCUGGUCGGCGUCGUCGGCGAUUCAUGGGUUCUACGGACCGAUCCGGUGUCCCCCACAUGGCACUCGAUGCGGGGCAUCAGCGACGAUGGGGUGGGCGAGAUUGCCGCCGCGCUGCGCAAGGAUGUGGACGCCCUCGCUUCCAGCCCCAUCUCAACCACCUCCUCCUACUUCUACGGCAAGGCGAUCGCCAGGGCGGCCAGGUUCGCCUUAAUCGCCGAGGAGGUCGGCUGCCCGGACGUCAUCCCGGCGGUGCAGCGGUUCUUGAGGGCCACCGUCACGCCAUGGCUGGACGGCAGCUUCCAGGGCAAUGGCUUCUUCUAUGAACCCAAAUGGGGCGGCCUCGUCACGUUGCAGGGAUCGAAGGACUCCGGCGCCGACUUCGGCUUCGGCAUCUACAAUGAUCACCACUACCAUCUGGGCUACUUCUUGUACGCCAUUGCCGUGCUUGCCAAGAUCGACCCCUCCUGGGGGAGGAAGUACAUGCCCCAGGCCUACUCCAUGGUCGCCGACUUCAUGACGCUGUCGCGGAAGCACGGCGCGAGCUACACGCGCCUGAGGAUGUUUGAUCUCUGGAAGCUCCACUCCUGGGCCGGUGGCCUGACGGAGUUCGCCGACGGGCGCAACCAGGAGAGCACCAGCGAGGCCGUGAACGCGUACUACUCCGCCGCGCUUCUCGGGCUGAGCUACGGGGACACCCACCUCGUCUCAACCGGCGCGACGCUGACCGCGCUCGAGAUGCUCGCGGCGCAGACGUGGUGGCACGUCCGCGACGGCGACACCGUCUACGAGGAGGACUUCACCGGCAACAACCGCGUCGUCGGCGUCCUGUGGGCGAACAAGAGGGACAGCGGCCUCUGGUUCGCCCCGCCGGAGUGGAAGGAGUGCAGGCUGGGGAUCCAGCUGCUGCCGGUGCUGCCGAUCAGCGAGGCGCUGUUCCCGGACGUCGGGUUCGUCAGGGAGCUCGUGGACUGGACGGCGCCGGCGCUGUCGAGGGAGGGGGUCGGAGAAGGGUGGAAGGGGUUCGUCUACGCGCUGGAGGGGAUCUACGACAAGGAGUCGGCGCUGCGGAAGACGAGGGCGCUGGCGGGGCACGACGACGGCAACUCGCUGACCAACCUCCUGUGGUGGCUCCACAGCCACGGCUCCGCCAACGACGGCGUCUCCCGGUGCUGCUGGUACCGCCAGUACUGCCACUGAGAGAUGCUGCUGCUGAAAGGAUUACUCACAGAUUAUAGAGCGAUUUGUUCAGUUACAGUGGUGGUGAUGUUGAUCAAGACAUCAGGAUGUUUUAUCUGAAAGUAUACACCUUUUACGCUUUGUUGUUUCAAUAAAAAAACAGUCAAAAACAUGUCGCAUUUCGCUCA